CCGACGCGUCGCGACGGCGUUUGAUUAUACGCGCGGUAAAAUAUCAAAGAUACCGGUUUAACGCGCGCUUCGUUCAAAUUAAAUUUGCAACAAUAAUAUUUAUGUAUUAAAACUUUUUUAAUUCGUUAUAUGAAAGACUUCUUAAAGUGAAUAUAUGUUUAUUGUUUUAAAAAAUUUAAAUUAGUGCUCUGAUAUAUUUAAGUGUCUAAUUUCAACAUUAUUGUGAUGCUUUAUUGUUAAUCAAUGAGUGACCAUAAUUUUUAUUUUUAUUUAUUGACAGAGAAACUUAUUUACAAGAAACGAAAUGAAACAAGAAUCAACAUGUCACCGAGUGCAAAAGAGCAGUUAGGUUGCAAAAUUAAUCGAGUUGCAAUGAUGAAUAAUUAAUUAACAAAUGCUGAUUUACAUUCGAUGGGACAACAAAUCUGACUAAACCACGCACUGCAAUCUGCACUCGUUUACCCCUUCCAUAACUUUCUCGGUGCAGACAAAAAAAAAUUAAUCAAUUAAACUACAACUAAAAAUACUUAAAAAAAUUUAAUUGAAAGAAAAAACAAACAUGGAAACGAGUAACGGAAAAAAAGAAGUUCAAACGCAGCUGGUUUUACUGUUUUUAUUGUUGACACUUUUCACGACAUUUGGAUCAGCACUAUAUUUUCCACAAUCAGAAUUAACAUUGCGGCUUCCAUAUUUCUUAACAAAUGAUGAAACUUUAGAAACAGAACUUACCCUCCUUAUUUUACGAACUCUACCUAACGAUUCUAUUACAUCAAAAUAUCCAAAAUAUAAAAUCGUCUCUGAAACUGAUGAAUAUGUAAGAUUAGUCGAUGGAAUUGGUGAAAUUAUUUAUGAUCUUCAUUCACUUACAAAAAAAGACACUUCAAAAGCAAUUAUAAUACAGGCUGAAGAAGAAGGAAGUGAAGCAAAAAUGGAAAUAAAAAUUUUGCCAAUCGAAGGGAAUAACGGAAAACUAAAUUGUACUGAACUUACGAAGGACAUGUGUUUUUGGAAUGUAUCAAAAUAUAGAAUUUAUGAAAAUCAACCUGCGACAAUGCUUGGAAGACUAAAUUCACCUGCAUAUAAAACUCUAUGCCCAAAUUAUCAAGUAACUCACUAUGAAUUACUUAAUGGAACAGAAUACUUUCAUGUUGUAAAUGAAGAUUUUUAUUCAAAUGCUUUAUUAGACAGAGAUACUGUAGAUUAUCCUGGUGGUCCGGGUGCUCAUGUGGAAGUUCAAGUUAAAUGUGUUGUACGAAAUGAAAAGACUGGAAUACAGUACUCGCAUGAAACAAAUCUUGAUAUUGACAUCCUGGAUUUAGAUGACAAUCCACCUAUAGCACAGAUUAGUAACAACGUCGAGAUAACACUACGGGAUUUCACAGCAAACACAAGACUGGAUGACAAUGAUUUAAUGGUAAAAGAUGCUGAUUCAAAUGCAAGCAAUACAUAUACUGUUAAAAUAUUAGGCGAUAUUCAUAAUGCAUUAUAUAUAACAUACGAUGCGAUAUCCGUUGAUUAUUCAACUCCAGAAACACCCCCGACAACUGCAAUAUACACAAGAGUGUUUUCACGUACGACAUUACUUCCAAAGUCACCUUACAAAGUAAUAUUACAAGUAACUGAUGAAUCAUUGAUUCCUGGGAAAGGAGAAAAAUCCGUAAAUAUCACAUUGUCUUUCAUUGGACCACAGCAUCAUGUAACUUCAACGACAACGGCAAUACCACCAAAGAAGCCAAUUUCUUUUCCCAGUAGUGUAACAAUAUCUCGUCAUUCUUUACACUUUUUUCGAGUCGCCCAACCGUCUUUUAAGCCACCAUCAAAAUUUAACUUUAGUAUUUUGAAUUCUAAAAUUUUUAAUAUCACUACCAAAGGUGGUAUUGUUUACGUCACUAAUUCUUCUUUACUGCAAGCAGCUCCUUCAAAAAUUUCUUUAACAAUUCAAUGGAAUUCACCAGGGCACAAAUUAUUUACGGCAUCAUUGACAUUAUACAUAAUAAAUACAUCAACUGUAUUCGUAAACACUAGCUGUGCUAAUCAAACUACAGCAAUACACUCGUGUGCGAAUGCCAUGACACGAAAAUCGUGCGAGUCGCAAUGCGGAAUUGGUAGUGGUUCACUUAGUAAUUCUACUGCAAGUGAGUGCAUUUGGAGAUCAAAUAAUGCUGCGAAUUCAGCAAUAAUGACUGAACGUUAUGAAACAUGUACUGCGGAUUUAGUUCAUUGCCCAGACAACAUUUGCGAUGAAUUGGAACAUCUGGAUCCACGGAUAUGUCCUCAAGACUGUACUAUUGAAUCGGAGGUGCACUUUGGUGAAAUGAAUCGAGGUGGCAGAGGUAUAAAAAGUGGUCUCGGCACGUGUUCAUGCAAUGAUAUGAUGCAGUGCACAUGCGGACCUGUAUCUUUUCGUAAAAUAAGCUCUGGCGAUAGUUCAGGGGAUGCUGGUGCUUACGGAAGUGGCAAUAAAGAAGUGGCUAGAUCGAAAAAGGAACGUCAAAAAGAGGCAGCUAUAUCGGAUGCUCAUAAAGUAGCGUCAUUAAACAAUUGUGGUCCGGCUUGUUUAAUUGGUGCUGUUGGAGCCAGUUUCUUUGUUAUCUUGGUUUUUGGAGCUUUUGUCAUGUGGAGAUAUAGAACUAUUGGGAAAAGUUCAAGACGUGAGUGCAAGCACCGAUCAGAUGACAUGAAUAACGGUCUUGGAAUUCUUCCAUUGGACUACUUAGACCGCGGAGACGGACACCUUAUCAGUGUCGAUUCAUUUGCUGCUACUAAUCGAAGUCUGCUUCUUCCGAAAUCAUCACCACCGGACCCUAAAUGGGAGUUUUCAAGAUCAAGAUUAACAAUUGAACAAGUGUUGGGUGAAGGUGAAUUCGGCAGAGUAUUACGAGCCAAAGCUGUUGAUAUUGGAGGUUGGCCAGGACCAACAACUGUCGCUGUAAAAACAUUAAAAGAAGAUGCCAGUGGAGCUGAACUUGCUGAUCUUCUUUCCGAAUAUCAACUACUUAAAGAAGCGCAACAUCCAAACGUUAUUAGAUUACUUGGUGCUUGUACAUCGCCUGGAGGCCCUGUCUAUUUGAUUAUCGAAUUCGCUGAGUUUGGUUCAUUGAGAAAUUAUUUAAGAAGAAGCCGUCACCUUGAAUCAGAAGGACGUGUUCCUUGUUCAACAUCUUUACUAUCUGCAUCGCCUGGCAACACACAUGAAGAAUUACAAGAUACUUCGUUAAAUUACACAAUAACUCCUCAUGAUAUACUAUCCUUUGCUUGGCAGAUCAGCAAAGGAAUGGCGUACUUGGCUGACAUUAAAUUGGUGCAUCGCGAUCUUGCUGCUAGAAAUGUUCUGCUCGCAACUGGCAAAGUUUGCAAAAUUUCCGACUUUGGACUGACUCGGGAUGUUUAUGAGGAUGAUGCAUAUUUGAAACGAAGUAAAGGAAGAGUACCGGUUAAGUGGAUGGCCCCCGAAUCUCUUGCUGAUCAUGUGUACACGAGUAAAUCGGAUGUAUGGAGCUUUGGAGUGCUUUUAUGGGAAUUAGUAACGCUUGGUGCUUCGCCUUACCCAGGUGUAGAUGUUCAUAAUCUGUACAAUCUACUCAAAGCCGGAUAUCGAAUGGAGAGGCCUGCUAAUUGCUCUACACAAUUAUACAAAUUAAUGGUUUCAUGUUGGCACGAUGAACCUGGUAUGAGACCCUCAUUUAAAGAACUUACUUGUCAAUGGGAACGUAUGCUUGAGGAUGGUGUUGAGUAUCUUGAUUUAAACCCUCGAACUGUUCAUAAUCAAGCUUAUUUUGCGUCACUUCAUGCACUUGAUAGUCCAACUAGUACAAGUAAUGAAGGAAUAACAAGCGGUAACUUUAGUACUUUUCGUACAGAAGCAGUUAACUACCUCAGUAAACCAUCAGCAGAGCCUAUAACAAAAUGUGAUAAAAUCGAUAAACUUCAAGCUCUUUGGCAAGAUCCAAUUUGUACCUUUCCAGAAGAACCAUUAAAAACGACUUAUGUCAAUGAAAGACCGGAUAAUUUAAAUGUUAAUCAUUAUGAAAGUCCUAUUAAAUUACGUAGAGUAAGUGUAACAAGUAAUUGUGAAAAUAAUCUAAAAACACCGACAAAGGAACGGCCUCAAUCUUACAUCGAUAUGCAGGGAAAAAAAACCGAUAACACUAAAGAUCAAAAUGAUUUUUUAUUAUUCAAUAAUGUUAAUCAUAAUAAUGAUGAUAAAAUAAACAUAACAAACGAUUUUACUAAAUGAAACUACAAAUAGUAAUAAAUAGAGAUGCUGUGCGAAUAGUGUUUGAAUUUAAUUGAAUACAACUACGCUGUAAAAAGAGCAAUGUUGAAAAUGGACUCAAUUUAAAACCACGCGGUGAUAAAAUAAAAUAACGCCGGUGUAGGUCGUGUCAUUUGGCGGUGGUAAAAUACCGGUGUAAAAAAAGUCCACGUAUAAAAAUUAAAUAAAAUUUUAAUACAUAUAAAAAAAUUGAUAUAGCCCUGGCAGAUCCGAAUUACGGUAAAUUACCGUAGUUUACAGUAUUCGGAAGAUUAACCGUAAUUUAUCGCAAAUUACCGAAUUUCACGGUAAAACUGCGGCGAUACCCUGUAAAAUUUGCAACAAAAGUGAGGUAUUUUACCGCAAAUUUGCCGUAAAGUUGCGGUAAAACACCACAAUUUACCGUAAUUUAUGACAUUCGAGGAAUUGCCGUAAAUUACCAUAAAGCGCGUCAUGUUACCGUAAAUCAUGGUGAUUUACGGUAAAUCACGGUAAUUUGCGCUAAUUUGCCGUAAAAUAGGUAAUUUACCGUAAUUCGGAUCCACUAGGGGGGCCAUGGGACGAUAAGAAUACCGAAUUGGCCCCAGAAAGGUAUCGGACUCAUAAUUUCAGGAAAUGUUGGUAUCGAAAUAAUUUCAUCGAAAAUUGAAUGAGGAAUUCAAAAAAAAUAGUUUCAUAUUUUUAUCAGUAUCGUAACAUGGUUAAAAAUCAAAAUUAAAAUAAUAACCUCGUUUUUUUAAAGGUUCUUAUGAACAGAUAUUGCUCAUAUUUUUUUCCUUAGAAGCUACCAUCAUGCCCCAAAACAUAUCCGGUAUUUAGAUCAAUCGAUUCACAAGGUGCUGAGAAUAACAAUUUCUACUGAUUGUCACCCUAGCAGACCUGAUUUACCGAAAAUUUUUGGUAUUUUUGCAACAAAUUUACCGUAGAAUAGGUAAAUUACCGUACAAUUUCGGCAGAUUUACCGUAAUUUACCGUGAUGUACGGUAAGCUACGGUAGGUUUACGGUAAGUGGGUAAAUUACGGUGGGUUUACCGUAAAUUUACCGCUAAAUACGGUAAAUCUACCGUAAAUUUACCGCUAAAUACGGUAAAUCUACCGUAAAAGUUCGGGUGGGUUACCGAAUUACCGUAUUUUACGGUGUAUUACCGUAAAUUACGGUAAAAUCGCCGUAAUCUACGGUAAACCCACCGUAAUUUGGGUCCGUUAGGGCAGUAUUUUUCGAUUUAUUCAAAAACGGUAAUAGAUAAAGAUCUGAAACUUGCAGCAUCGAAGUAUCUUAUGAGUACCAACAUUUCCUAAAAUUAUGAGCCCGAUACCUUUCUGGGGCCGAUUCGGUAUUCUUAUCCUCCCAUGGCCUUUAAUGUAUAUUAUUUGGAGGAAAUUUUAAUUUUGCUAAGUUUUUAUUUAAAUAAUUGUUUAUGGUAUACGUAAUUAUUUAAAAAUUACACAAUUUUACGCCAACCAUUUCAAUCACCAGUAAUUUAAUUAGUUAAUAAAUACACUAACUGUAGUAAUCGAGAAAGUAAAAAUAUUCUGAAAGUAAAAUAUCUUCAACACCGAAAAAUAUUUCAACACCGGUAAAAAAUAUUUGCACUGGUGAUAGUGUUAUUUUAACACCGCUUUCGGUGUUGAAAUUUAACACCGAAGAUUUCAUCACCUACACGGCCUGGACUUACCCCGGUUUUUUUUACAGUUGAUUAAAUAGUUCGAAUUAUUCGUAAAUUUUUACAUUAUUCGAUUUAAAUUCGAAUUUUCGAACAUAAAAUUUAUAUCUGACUUAAGAUCGAUUCAAAAAAAUUUGUUACAAUAAUUCACGAAUAACUCGAAAAAUUACGAAUACUUUGAACUUCUUAAUGAUUUGAAAACACGAAAAAUUUAAAAACUUACGAACACAUAAUCGGAAAACUGACGAAUACUUUAAAUUAUUUGUAAAUUCAAAUUAUUCGAUUAGAAUUUCGAUUUCUACUCGAUUCGACACAAAUAAUUGGUGAGCUUGAAUUAUUCGCACACUCUUAGUAAUAAAUUAAUAAGGCAAUUAUUUAAUCAAAAUGUAUAUAAAAAAAAAAAAUAGUUUUUUAAAAAGCUAAUUACGAGCAGUUGCAAAUGAUUAAAAAAUAUGAUGACUAUAAAAAAGUUUAUUCGACUCAUGCGCGCUAUUCACGUUUUAUCAUGCCUAGAAUCCGAACUCUAAAUGGCCGUUUACCGACUGGUGAAAAAUUAUUUGUCAAAACGCAAUAAAGAUGUCUACUAUCCCGGCCAUUGUGGCGUAAUAAAAAUAAACGUAACUACAUGGAUAAAAAUAAAUAGAACUGGCUACCAUGUCAGAUAGUAGUCAGUGCCAUCUGUAGAAAAAAAAAAAAGUUGAAAUAGCAAUGGGUCCUAUCUACGUAGUACUGGCUACUAUCUACAUUGGACUCACUACUAUCUUACAUAUUACACUCUUACAUGUUGCCCAGUUCUAUGUACAUAGCAGCUAGUCGUAUGUCAGAUAGUAAAGGUUACUUUUUAAACAUAUUACCCAUUGCUAUCUGCAGAUAGCGCCUGCGUCUAUUUUUACAUAUUGCUGGUUACUGUGUAUCAUAGUAGAGACUUCUAUGUAAGAUAGCAAUGAGUACACACUCGUUGUCAUUAAUGCCUGGUCCCCUGCAUGGCUAAGAUUCUAUAUUCUGGGGGAC